AUGGCCAAAUCCCGGGCUGGGCCUAGACAGGUGGUUGAAAAUCGGGUAAAACUGCUCAAGGAAUUGGAGGAAUCGGGUGUAAGGGAGAAGUCUGCAGUGAACUCUCUUUUUGAAUGCUUAGCAAUACUCUGGGAAGAGUUUACUUGUUUAGAUAUAUCCCAAUGCAUGUUGAAUAAAGCUAUAUUGGAUGUGGCAGCAAAGUACUUGGAUUCAGACAUAUCGGGAUGUCUAGUGCAAUUUCUUGCAUUAGGAACAAAAGCAAACAUGUGGAGCAGAAAGCAUAUGAAAAUGACUCUAAUGUCAAUGGAAGAUUCUCCAGAAGAAGAGCACAGUAGUUUCUUUUAUCAGUUGGUGUUGGAUUUGCUAAACUACACGGUUGCUAGUUAUUCAGCUUUAGCAAGAUACACUGUUUCUUUUAAUGAGGAGUUGGUUGUCGGCCUAGAGAAUUUCAUUUCAGAACAGUUCUCUCUGAUGACAGAUUUGGUAUCUGAAAUAAAGAGGAUUCACACAUUAGGCUCAGAGUUACUGAAAGCAGCUCAGUUCGCCCUUGAUGCAGUCACUCGGUUAUGCAAGGUAUAUUGCAGUGGUGUGAAGUGGGAUAUCUUUCAUGAAAAUUCUGAUGAUGCUAAAACUGGACACUGCAGAGAGUUGGAACGAGUAGACCAUGUCAUCCGAGUAACCAAUUGCACGAUUGAAAAAUUAUGUGAAAUGGGGACUGUUGCGGCUAACGAUGGUGGCAGUCUCGUGAGUGUGCUGAAUUUGUCAUGGAAAGGUGUAGUGUCAUUGCUACAGUUUGGAAAGGGUGCUCUAGCGACAAAGGUGAACAUCAGAGAUGUUAUUAUGAACCUAAUUUCUCUAGCUAGUGAGUCUCUGAGACGUGCCGCUGAGACUUGGUUGUCUUCUGUCAAGGAUAAUGUACCUGUGGCAGAAGCCAAAAGAAUUUUCCUUCCAAUUAAAUUUUAUUUGAUCAAUGCCGUAAGGAUUAUUUCACAGUAUCAAACACAAUCCACCUGCUUGUACAGAGACAUAGCUCUCUUUGUUGUUAUGAUAUCAUCCUUCAAAAUCUCACUCAGCACAAUGGAGCAUUUGAGAUCUGCUAGUGACGUCUUGGCAGAAACUUUGGAGCCGACAUCCUUGCACCUAAUCAACUCUCUUCUAAACUCAUCUCAGGUGAAGCAAGAAAACAAGUGCCAGAUUUUGGAUUGGUUGUUUAGGAAGGGCAAUGACAGCGGUGGUGAAAUGACUUCCGAGGCAGAGGGCAAUAAAAACAGGGACAAUUCAUUAGAUGUGAUAUUUUGCCUAAGUUCUGAUUCACUGAACAAGGAAAAGAUGAUUGCCCUGGGCCGAGUUGCUUUGUUUCUUAGACUUCUGAUAUGUGCGCCUGAUCUAGAGGAUGAUACCAUACUCCUCAUCGCUCAAAAGCUCGGAUGGCUUCUGGAUAUACUUGUAGAUGAAGAUGUAUAUUGCGCUACUCUUGUUUUGCAGAUUCCAAUGGCUUCUGGUCCUAACCAGACCAAUGAAGUCGCAUACCAUCCCAUGUUUUGUGCUGUACUUCAUGCAAUGAAGACCUUCCUCAUCGUGGCUUCCUUGAGUGUGGCAUGGAAUGAAGUGGAAUCAUUUCUGAUAGAAAAUCUUUUCCACCCCCACUUUCUUUGUUGGGACAUCAUCACUGAACUUUGGUGCUUUAUUCUUAGACAUGCCGAGAUGUAUUUGGUGAACGAUAUUGUCGAUAAACUUUGUGCACUUCUGAUGCUGACAUCCGGAGAAUCGGUGUUGUUUCCUCAAAGUGCUCUUCGGAAUACUGCUAGACUGAUGUGUACUGUCGUAUCUCAUGGACCAGAGUUCAUGGUCGAUCGAGUUUAUCAUAGCAUAUUUGAUGGUGGCAGAUCUGAGAAUGCUUUGAAUAUGCAGAUAGCCCUACUCAUGGAGGGCUUCCCCCUAAAUUUCCUUUCAGAGAAGAAAAGAAGUAUUGCUAAACAAAGAAUAAUCACCGAGUAUUACGACUUCUUGGAGAGCUUUGCUGAGUUGUCACUUGGUGAAAGAAAUUCUAGCGUCUAUGGGGCUCCUGUCUUUGCUCUAUGUGCCGCAUUGCAGUCUCUCCAAGUCAGCCUAUCGGAUGUGGACAUGAAGACUCUAAAGUUCCUAGUUUCCAUGAUUCACAAGUACAAAACUUCCCCUGACAAUGCAAGCAAAAACCAGUACAGGAUGCUUCUCGGGGAGCUUCUGGGCAUCAUUUCCAACCUGAAGCAUUUAUACUCGUCCGAUGAGAUGGAUAAAGUCAUCGUGGAGCUCCAGAAGCUCUUCAUCUCGAGUCCAGCCACCCAAUCAGACAGCCACCUCUUGAUGUGCAAACCUAAUCUAUCCCAUUUCAUGGCCGGCCUCGGGCACGCGGACCUACCAGACGGCGAUGACUGUGCCAGGAGCUCGGCUGCGUGGGAGCUGUACCACAUGCUGUUGCGCGAGCGCCACUGGGCAUUGGUCCACCUGUCAGUCUCUGCAUUUGGAUAUUUUGCCGCUCGAACAUCGUGCAAUCAGUUGUGGAGGUUUGUCCCACAUGAUGCGGCCCUCUCAUUCGAUCUGGAUUCAGGGAAGGAGGCGGAUGAAGAGCGGUUCAUGUCGGAGUUGAAAGUGGUUCUUGAAAAGGAUGUGGCGGCGUGCCAGGCGACUCCAGAGCAGCUUGUUGGAGAAGGUUUGGUGCUGAGAGAAAAAGUGAGAAAUAGAGUGGGAGCUAUGGUUUGUGAUGCGAUGGAUGUUGAGGAGUGGAGGGAGGAGAGCAGGAAAAGGAAAAUUCGGGAUGGGAUAAGCAAAGGGGUGGGUUUGCUGCAGGACGGGCUGAGGGUAAUGGUAGACGGGCUUUCGGAGUGGGAAAGAAAUCAGCACGCUGAGGUUCAUGAGGAAUUUCAGACUCACUUUUGCCGGCUGGAGGAUGUGAUAGGGCACCUGGUUAGGAUUUCUGAUAGGUUCUGA